AUGGACCAUUGUUUGGCCCAGGUGGGACACCACUCUCUGUCUCUUGAGUCACUAUGCAAAGGUGAACAGGUGAUUCAAGAGGAUUUGUACGUAAUAAAUGACUUACAUAUAGCUUUAUUAAGCAGGCCACCUAGUGUUAAGCUUAACCUUGUAUCCAGAGUAGACAGCGUUGACAAAGCUGAGAUGGAAGAGUCCUACCCAGAGUUGUGUCAGGGUUUAGGGAAGCUGCAGCAGCCUUACACAAUUAAAGCUAAAACCAGAUGCUAUUCCUUUUUCAGGAGUUUAAACAUAUGGAGUCAAUCAGAGUCACCUACAAAGUUGAAGAGCCAACUGAAUGGUAUUCUGGUAUGGUUCUGUUUCUGUCAAAAAAACGGCUCAGUGCAUAUCUGCGUUGACCUCACCCAACUUGACAAAGCAGUCUGCAGAGAGAAAUAUACCCUGCCAUCUGUGGAGCAGACACUUGGAUCUCUUGCAGGAGCUCAGGUCUUCAGCAAACUGGAUGCAAAUAGAGGAUUUUGGCAAAUUCUUCUGUCUCCUGAGUCAGCAUAG